AUGAAUAGACCUAACAUAUGCAUAACCAUCCAAGAUAUUCAGAGAUUUAUUGGAAUUCUAUUAUUUACUGGAUAUCAUUCUCUCCCACAAGAAAGAAUGUACUGGUCUAAUGACAGCGAUAUUUCUAUUCCAAUAAUCCGGGAUACAAUGACCCAAUUACAAUUUCGAAAUUUGAAAUAUAAUAUCCAUUUGGCAGACAAUACUAAAAUAGAUAUACAUGAUAGAUUUUAUAAAGUUAGGCCUUACAUUAAUAUAUUGAAUAAUAAAUUUCAGCAAUUCGGAAUUUUUAAACAUCAUUUAUCAAUAGAUGAAGAGAUGAUACCAUAUCGAGGAAGACAUUCUUGCAAAAUGUUCAUAAAAGGAAAACCAAUUAGAUUCGGAUACAAGUCUUGGAUAUUGGCCUCUUCCGACGGUUACGUAUUCUCAUUUGAUAUAUAUCAAGGAAAAAGCGAAAAUAAAUAUGAAUAUGGAUUAGGUGGAAAUGUAAUCAUAAAAUUAUUAAAGGCAUUGCAAAAACCAAAUUAUCAUAAAAUAUAUUUUGAUAAUUUCUUUACAUCAUUUAAACUCUUGUCAUACUUAAAACAAAUGGGAUAUUUUGCAACUGGAACUGUGAGGGACAAUAGAAUAGAGCAUUGCCCAGUUGAAUCUAUAAAGGUUGUAGCAAAAAAAGAAAGAGGAUAUUAUGAUUAUAGGUUUGAAAAAUUAAACGAAAUAUUUGUAGUUCGUUGGAAUGAUAAUUCGGUGGUGACCGUUGCAUCGACAUGCCACACUAUCUCUUUGCUUUCUAAUGUUUCAAGGUAUUCUAAGAAAAUAUCUUCUAAAAUAAAAAUUCCUCAGCCAAAUAUGGUAACUGCUUAUAACAAACACAUGGGUGGAGUUGAUCUAUGUGAUAAUCUAAUAUCUACAUAUAGAAUAAAAAUAAGAGGAAAAAAAUGGUGGUGGCCAAUAUUCACCAAUUUUAUUGAUGUAGCUUUGGUAAAUUCAUGGAAAAUCUGGAAAUUCGUGAAUCGAGAUGACAAGAAGAGUUUGCUUGCAUUUAGACGAGAAGUUACUAACUACCUCCUUCGAACGCCAGUAAAAAUUGAAAAAAAUUCAAGUACAGGUCACGCCAGCCAGUUUGCAUUACAGUGUGAAAACCCUAUUGAUUCAUCUGGACAUUAUUUAUCCAAAAUUAUAGAUGGAAAAAGACGAAGAUGCAGAUAUUGCCAUACGCAAUCAAGAUAUAUGUGCCAAACAUGUCAAAUCGCACUCCAUAUUAAAUGUUUCAAGGAUUUUCAUAAUAUAUAA